AUGGCCUCCAUCAACUUCCCCAAGGAGGAGCUGGACAUCAUCCAGAGAUGGCGGGACAUCAAGGCUUUCGAGACACAAGUCAAACUCUCAGAAGGCCGACAGAGAUACACCUUUUACGACGGCCCCCCAUUCGCGACUGGUCUCCCUCACUAUGGCCACUUGCUCGCCUCAACCAUCAAGGACAUUAUUCCACGCUACUGGUCUAUGAAGGGUUAUCAUGUCGAGCGACGCUUCGGCUGGGACACCCACGGUCUGCCCAUUGAGCACGAGAUCGACAAGAAGUUCAAAAUUUCCGGGAAGCAGGCUGUCAUGGAAAUGGGACUCGACAAGUACAACGCAGAGUGCAGGAGCAUUGUCAUGAGAUACUCGUCAGAAUGGAGGGAGACCAUUGAGCGUCUUGGACGGUGGAUUGACUUCGAUAACGACUACAAGACCAUGGACACGUCCUUCAUGGAGUCAGAAUGGUGGGCUAUCAAGGAGCUGUUCGAGAAGGGCCAGGUCUACCAGGGCUACCGCGUCAUGCCCUACAGUACUGUCCUGACGACCUCGCUGAGUAACUUCGAGGCAAACCAAAACUAUCAGGACGUGACGGACCCAGCUGUCGUCGUCUCAUUUCCUCUCAUUGAAGACCCCAAGACGAAGCUGCUGGCAUGGACGACAACGCCAUGGACCCUUCCUACAAACCUGGGCUUGUGCGUCCAUCCUGAUUUCGAAUACGUCAAGAUCGCGGAUGAGAAGUCAGGGGACAACUACAUCCUUCUCGAGAAGCUCCUGACCACCCUGUACAAGGAUCCGAAGAAGGCAAAGUUCAAGAUCGAGAAGGUGAAGGGCAAGGACAUGCUUGGCUGGAAGUAUGAGCCCUUGUUUGACUACUACCACGAAGAGUUCAAGGAGGUUGCCUUCAGGGUCCUGAACGGUACAUAUGUCACGGACGACAGUGGUACCGGUAUCGUACACCAGGCGCCAGCCUUUGGUGAGGACGAUUUCAGUAUUGCGAAAGACGCUGGAAUUGUGACCGAAGACCGGCCGCCGCCUGACCCGCUUGAUGAGACCGGUCGCUACUCCUCAAAAGUGAAGGAUUUUGAGGGCAUGCACGUCAAAGAAGCUGACAAGCACAUUGUGAAGGCUCUGAAGAACAAAGGAAGGCUGGUGGUCGACUCACAGCUGAAGCACAGUUACCCGAUGUGCCCCCGGUCUGACACCCCUUUGAUUUAUCGUGCCGUUCCUUCAUGGUUCAUCCGCAUCCCCGAGAUCGUCCCCCAGAUGCUGAAGGAGAUCGAGUCCAGCCAUUGGACACCAUCGUUCGUCAAGGAGAAGCGAUUUGCGAACUGGAUCACGAACGCCCGUGAUUGGAACAUCUCGCGGAACCGAUACUGGGGCACCCCGAUCCCCAUCUGGCAAAGUGAUGACGGCGAGGAGCGUAUCUGCGUCGGCAGCGUUGCGGAGCUGAAGGAGCUGAGUGGUUACAAGGGAGAGCUGACGGAUAUCCACCGUGACAAGAUCGACCACAUCACCAUCCCCAGCAAACAGGGCAAGGGCCAACUGAAGCGUAUCGAGGAGGUAUUUGACUGUUGGUUCGAGUCAGGAAGCAUGCCCUUUGCCAGUCAACACUACCCCUUCGAGAACCAGGACAAGUUCAAGGAGUCUUUCCCGGGAAAUUUCAUCGCCGAGGGUCUGGAUCAAACUCGAGGAUGGUUCUAUACUCUUGUUGUUAUGGGCACGCAUCUGUUCGGCAAGAUGCCGUUCAAGAAUUGCGUGGUCAACGGUAUCGUGCUUGCCGAAGAUGGUAAGAAGAUGUCAAAACGUCUCAAGAACUACCCCGACCCGUCCAUCGUCAUGGAGAAGUACGGUAGCGACGCUCUGCGUAUGUACAUGAUAAACUCGCCCGUGGUGAGAGCAGAGCCUCUUCGCUUCAAGGAGGCCGGUGUGAAGGAGGUUGUGCAGAAGGUGCUGCUGCCCUUGUGGAACAGCUUCAACUUUUUCAACGCCCAGGUUGCUCUGUUCAAGAAGAUCGAAGACGUGGACUACCAGUGGGAUCCCACCAUGGAGUCCACGAACACCAAUGUCAUGGACAAGUGGAUUCUUGCCAGCUGUCAGAGUCUGUUGGAGUGGGUCAAUCAAGAGAUGGACGGGUACCGAUUGUACACAGUGACUCCUAGGCUGCUUGGGCUCAUCGACGACACCACAAACUGGUACAUCCGCUUCAACCGAAAGCGGCUCAAGGGAGAGAAUGGUGUCGAGGACACCAAGCACGCCUUGAACACGCUCUUCGAGGUUCUGUACACUCUUUGCAGAGGACUCGCCCCCUUCAUGCCCUUUAUCACCGACAACAUCUACCUGAGACUCCUUCCUUUCAUCCCCGAGAGCCUGCGGGAGGAGGACCCCCGCAGCGUGCACUUCCUGAAGUUCCCUGAGGUCCGGAAGGAGCUUUUCAACCCGGAGAUUGAGCGCAGGGUCAGCCGUAUGAAGAACAUCAUCGACCUGGCCCGAGUAUCACGUGAGCGCAAAGCUAUUGGAGUCAAGACUCCCCUCAAGACCCUGGUUGUCAUCCACACAGACGCCACUUAUCUAGAGGAUGUUCGAUCUCUAGAGGGCUAUAUUGCAGAGGAGCUCAACGUCCGCGACCUGAUCCUUACGUCGGACGAGGCUUCUUACAACGUCCAGUACAGCGUCACGGCCGACUGGCCAGUGCUCGGCAAGAAGCUCAAGAAGGAUAUGGGCAAGGUCAAGAAGGCCCUGCCAGGCGUCACCAGUGACCAGGUCAAGGACUACGUCGCAUUAGGCAAGAUCAACGUGGACGGCAUCGAACUGGUGGAAGGAGACUUGGUGGUCCGCCGCGGUAUCAAAGAGGAUGAGUCGACUAAGAACUCGGAAGUGAACACAGACAGUGAUGUCCUGACCAUCCUGGAUUGCCAGAUGUAUCCCGAGCUCAAGGCAGAGGGUCUUGCCCGUGAGAUCAUCAACAGGGUGCAGAAGCUCCGCAAGAAGGCCGGCCUGCAGCCAACGGAUGACAUCAAGAUGGAGUACAACGUGUUGUCUGACCCGGAGAACCUAGGUAUCGAGGAGGUAUUCGCCACGCAGUCGAAGCAGCUAGAGAAGGCGCUCCGCCGGCCAAUGGACAAACACACUGUUACGCAGGUGGAUGGCGAGAUCCCCAAGGGCGAACAGGAGGGUGUGAUUGCUGAGGAGCUGCAAGAAGUGCAGUCUGCUACUUUCUUGUUGCGGUUGUUGAAGCUAUAG